GCUUCGUUUUCGUAAACAACUGUAAGUUUAUUGUGACGUUGUUUUAUAUCUGAAAUAAUAAUGAGAUAACCUCCGUAUCUAUAUAGGUAAAUUGUGAAUGAUACAUAUAUUAAAACAAUGGGUAACAAAGAUGAUGACACAAAAACGUUUAACACCAGUGAAAAAGCCCGUGAUGAAACAUUAGAUGAUGUUCUAGAGAAAAUCGGCGGAUUUGGUCUCUACCAGAAAUGGAUUUUCGUUUUGACGUGUUAUCCUUACUUACUUGCUGGAUUCUUCGAGCUUAAUCCAGUGUUUAUACUUGGAGUUCCAGAACAUAGAUGUGCUAUACCGGGAUACGACAAUGAUACAUACAAAGUUCAGGGAGAUGAACAUCAAAGCUUGAUAGAUUUAUUCAUACCUCCUUCAACAGACGCGGACACGGUGUAUGAUAAAUGUGAGAUGUUUCAUUACAAAAAUGAAAGUGCAGCAGAGGCAUGGAUGAAUGAAACCAAUGGCAGAACGAAAAUCCCCUGCAACAGCUGGGUGUAUGACAAAACAGUCUUUACAAGCACAUUUGUAUCCCAGGUAGAUCUUGUAUGUGACAAACAGAUACUGACUGCCAAUGCUGAAAUGAUUUUCUAUGGAGGAAUGUUAUUUGGUUCCAUUCUGAGUGGUUUACUAGCUGAUAGGUAUGGACGCAAACCCGUGAUGUGCAUAUCAGGAAUUGUGAUGAUGGGAUCUUCUAUAGGUCUGGCAUGGGUGAAUGACUUUUGGUUGUUCUGUGUACUUCAGUUCAUCAUAGGGACGUCAAUUCUAGCACUGUUCAUGCCUGGAUACGUUCUUUCGUUAGAGGUUACUAGUCCGACGAAGAGAUUUUGGCCUGGAAUUGUUUCAAACUAUCCUUACUCUAUUGGCCUCAUUAUUCUAACUGGUAUUGCUUAUGGAUGUCGAGAUUGGUUUUAUAUUCAGCUGUAUACCUCGCUUCCAGGCAUCAUUCUAAUAACCUACUGGUGGCUGAUACCAGAAUCACCUAGAUGGUUAUUAUCAAAAGGACGAGUAAAAGAAGCUGAGGAUGUUAUAAGAUCAGUAGCUAAAUGGAAUAAAACCGAGAUGCCAGCUGGAAAUGUAUUCGAAAAACUAUCUGUGAAGAACGAAGUAACGAAUGUCAGCUUCAUCCAUUUGUUUUCACGUGUCACAAUGUGUAAAAUAAGUCUGCUUGUGUUUUUUAACUGGUUUGCUGUUUCUGUGGCAUAUUUUGGACUUGCGUUAAAUUCAUAUAACUUAGGUUCGGAUUUGUAUUUGAACUUUGGUUUGUCUGGAAGUGUAGAGUUCCCAGCAUAUAUCAUAUGCACCUAUGUGGCAGAACGGUUUGGACGAAGGGUUCCUUUUAGUUUAUUCAUGGUAAUUGGUGGCGCUGCGUGCAUUUCAACAGUGUUCACAAUUAGUUAUGGCUCAGAAGUUAUAACGUUGGUGUUGGCUCUCGUCGGUAGAUUCUGUAAUACAGUAGCUUUCUCCAUAGUCUACAUACACAGUGCCGAGUUGUUUCCAACAGUAGUAAGAAAUGCAGGAAUAGGCGGUGGAUCUGUAUUUGCAAGAAUUGGUUCUAUGACAGCACCUUACAUCGUUACAUUGGGUGGAACAAUUGGUGCUGCCUUUCCUUUGAUAGUUUUUGGAGCUGUGUCUUUGAUUUCUGGAUUUACGUCGUUAUGGUUGCCGGAAACACUCGAUAAGGAGCUACCCGAAACGAUUGAAGAUAUCGAAAAAUUAAGACGAACAAAAGGAACUCGUGUUGAUGACAUUGUUAUUUCUUCAAUAGAAACUGAUUAUGUAGAAAGUACACAAUUUUAACCAUACUCAGCCUCCUAUCGUUCAGAAUUCAGCGUGCAUAGCAAUUAAAAAAACAUCAGACUGACAGAACACAGUGCAUUCAUAUUUGACAAAAAUAUUGUCUUUGUGUUAAGGGAUUCAAAUUGUUCAUGUAACAAUUGUAUUAUAAAACAUAUUUCAUUAUAAGAGUUAUAUGUAUAACGUACACAAAUUCGACCCAACAGAAGGAAAAGCUGUAAAGUCUACAAGUAUGAUCCGAUAUUGAUAUUCGGAAUGCCGAUUCUGAAAUAAUGCAACAUUGAAUAAUAGUUUAAAUUCGCCGAGGAAUAUAAUAAAAGGGUCGUUGUUAGAGUAACAUUGUUUUGUUCGUGUUGUUGUUACUUUAACUAUCUCGUGAGAUAUUGACAAAGUCAAAUACAAGUUUCAGACAAGAAACUC